AUGUCUUGUGUUGAAACUUUGUUAGGUCAUCCUAGAUCAUAUUAUGAUUUGAAAAUGAUCCCGAAUUCUUUUAGUGAUGAUAUUCCUUUUAGUUCUCAAUUUGAUGAUGUCGAUAAAGCGAUAGAAAAUUUAGUUAAAUGUGGAAAAUUAUUUUUUUGGAAAAAUUCUUUACAAUUCGCUGCACGAUCUUAUUCUGAACAUGAUUAUCGUUCUUCAUAUCCUUUGAUUGGUCGGCAAACAGGUAUUUAUGAAUUAGAACAUAUGCAUUCUCAACCUGCCGCAAAUCCCUUGUCUUAUCAUGCAAAUCAGCAUUAUUAUAACCAAAGAACAGCCAGUCAUACUGAACAAUUUCCAUUGUCUCGACGGAAAAACAAAUCUUAUAGUGAGUGUAGCAUUUAUACUGCUUUAGAACGAUCUGGUUCUGAACAAUUACCAUUUUCUCGUGAGAGAAUUAAAACUCCCUUAAUAAAGGAUGGCAUUCCUGCUGCAAAUGAUGAUAUGAUGUAUUCGAAAUUUUCAGAGACCCCAAGGGUUUUGCCUGAUUAUAUAUAUGAAGAGCUAGGUUUGAAGAAUUCUUCAAUAUCUACGUUAUUUUUGCCUCGAGAAUCGUCAUCACAUAUAUAUCCUUUUACAUGUUUUCAGGAGUAUUCUACAAAUUUAAAUGCUGCUGUCGAAAGUCGGGCUGGAAAUAAUGUUAUUGGUAUUGGUGAUUCUGUUAAGAAAAGUUUGCCAUUUUUUUAUAGGAAAAAAAAUAUCAUGGAAAAUAAUGAAGUUUUAUCUUUAGUAUCUACAAAUAAAGUUAAAAAUAUCUUGGCGCCUAUUGGGACAAAGUCAUCUAGUGUAUCAUUAUCUGUUGAUCCGUUAAAUCAACAAGUUCAAGAUACAUCUACUGUUGUGAAGCCAUUACAAUAUUCUUUCUCUAGUGGAAAAGUUUUGAAGAAUGAUAUGUAUAAUGGUAUUUUUCUCAAAAAAUAUAUGGGCUCUGGGAAAUCUGUUCCUUGGAAUGGUCGGAUUUGGAGUGAUGAUGCUAAGAAUCUUGGUAUAACUUCGAAUAACAAUGGUUUUGGACUAAAUGUUUUGUGUUAAAUUUAUAUUUUUUUUGAAAAAAAAAUAUUGUGGU